AUCAAACAAUUGGGGCCUUAGCUACCGCCUCCUUUUAAUUUGUCACCAAAAUCUGCUCAAUCCAUGAAAUUUGUUAUCGAUAUUCUUUCUAAUUCAAUCUUACUCUUUUAAUGCAACUUCAGUAAUCUUUUAUUAAAGCAUGGAGGAACAAUUUAUUUUAAGAGUUCCACCUUCUGUUGCGGAGCAAUUGGAUCGUUUGUUGAGUGAAACUGCUUCGAAUUCUGAAGAUCAAUCACUGGAUUUGUCUUUUUCGGAUGAUGGUAGGAGUGGCACGUUUAUGAUCGGCAAUGACCGUUUCCCUGCUUCUCUCUUGGAUCUUCCUUGUGUUGUGGAGUCCUUUAAAACAUAUGAUGAUAGUGCACUAGUCAAAACUGCAGAUAUUGGUCAGAUGAUUAUGGUUAGAGAAACUAGUGACACUGCUCCAGAUGUAGUGGAGUACAGACAUGGACUUACUCCGCCGAUGAGGGAUGCUAGAAAACGACGAUUUCGUAGGGAGCCAGACUUAAAUCCCGAACUCGUCCAGCGUGUCGAGAGGGAUCUGCUGAACAUUAUGGCGGGUGGUACAGUCGAAAAUGCUGAUGCUGAAGUUAAUGAGCAAGAGGAAGACGGUGAUCAGAAUCCUCGGAAUGCGAGUAAGAAACCGAUACCUACUCCUGCAGCGAAACCUGAUGUUCAAGAGGCAGCAGUAGCUAAUGCCGAGGAGCCUGAGAGAAGCGACUCGGAUGAAUCAGAUGAUUCAAUCUGAUUCCACACCUUGUCUAUAACUUGUCAUGGUUUGAGUAAUGGAUGAUCAGUUCUUGUUUGAAAUGGAGCCGACAUCUUUCUAUAUAUAACUUUUUUUUAUCAUGUAUAUAAGGUAUAUAAUUUUCCUGUUGUGCAAGUACUGGGGGAGAAAGCUUAUGGUCUGAUCGUGCACGGUGGUGUAGCCAGACAUUAAAUAUAAGAGGGGCAAAAUGUACUAUUUUUAUAAAUAAUAUGUAAAAUUUAAAAUUUAUUAAAAUUAAGGGGUCAAUAUAUAAUAUUUUCUAA